UUCGGUUUUAGAUGCUCUGACGCCUGUGCCUUUUCUUUGAUAGGAUGCAGGAUUUUGAAAGGGAAGGGAAGGGAGGCUCUCUCUCUCUCUCGGGCACUGAGGAAGUCGGGGAGGGCCUGGAGGAGGAGGGAGAGCAGCAGCCAGCUCGGACAGCCAGGGGGACAGGCAGGAGUUUCUCUUCCCCUGCUGAGCCGCCCCAAGCAGUCAGUGCCUGGGAAUCCCCGCGACGGUCAGAGAAGCUGCCUACUAGCUCUGCCCCACCACUACAAGCAUGGGGAAAAGAGAGAGACGCAGGCUGUGCGAGGUGGUCACCUUCUGCUGCUCUGUGAUUUUAUUGCUCACUUUCCUGGGCUUAUUUAUGUGGCAAGCCCUUGGCUUGAGGACAUGCCGUGCCCAGCUGCAGAACCAGACGGCCCAGGACCAGGACCCAGAGGUCGCCUCCUUCAGAAAGGACAGGGCAGAGUUGGAGGCAGCAGAGGCCCGGGCCAAGGAGGAGGGAGCCCGGCUGCGGGCCGAGCUGGGAGCCACCAACCGAAGCCUUGGCCAAGCCCAGCAGGGCUGGGAUACCUGCCGGAAGCAGCUGAACACCUUGCAAGAAAACAUCACGUCCCAGAAGGAAGAAAGCACCCAAUGUGAGACUGAGAACCACAAAUUCCAAGGCAACUUACAUAAGAACAUAAGAACAGUCCAGCAUCCUGUUUCACCCAGUGGUCCACUUCCUUGCUCUGCUUUCCUGUUGAGUUCAGCUUUACAAAAAUCUGCUUCACCACCAGAAACUGCUGUAAAGGAACACACUUAUAGGAAAUCCAACGCCUCCAGCAGAAGGUUUCCACCCAAUCGCAGCAGUUGGAAGCUGCCCAGCAGCAACGGCAGCAAAACGAAGCCACAAUCAGGGAUCUGCAGGAGCAGCUAAAUAACGCACAACGAGCAACGAGUGGGUCUACCUUCCACAAUCUGAGCCAAGGCCUUUUCCUACUGGUUCUGGCAGGACCUCUCCUUCUCCGCCUUUGACUCCAUCGCCACCUUGUGCAAGGGGGGAGACCGCUUGCUUGAUUUUUUGAAAACUCUGCUUCACUGGCGUAACUCGACCUCCCCACCGCCCCCACCGCAUAAUUUUUGGAUACUCUGCAAGUGCUCCUCUGCCGAGUCAGCAGCCCCACAGCAACACACUCCAGUUAUCCAGCACAACUGCAUUUAAUGUCCCAGGCUCAAAUGUGGUGGUCAUCAUAAUGUGGGUCACUGAGAUACGAUCCUCCCCAUCUCUGACAAUUUUUAGAAAGCAUUUGAAAACCCACCUCUUCACCCAAGCUUUUUCUGUUCUUUAAAAUUUUAAGGUUUUAAUUCUUGGAGGAUUUUUAAAUUUUAAAAUUGUUUUAAGUUUUUUUAAUAUAUUUUAACUUGUUUUAUACAGUACUAUUGUUAACUGUCCAGAGACUAAAGUUUGGGGCAGUGUACAAAUGUAAUAAAUAAAAUAAUAAAUAAAUAAAUGGAAAUACAUUGUAAAUCUCCUAUAAUAACCCUUCUGGGAAACCAAUACCUUUUUGGUAUCUAAUAAUGCCAAUCUUAUCAGCCUGCUUGCCACAAUAAAGUUUGUAUUUUUCUUA